GAUGCACUCAGGACGCAGGAAGACCUGAAGGAGCAGGUGGCCAUGGUGGAGCGCAGAGCAAACCUCUUGCAGGCUGAGAUUGAGGAGCUGCGGGCAGCCCUGGAGCAGACGGAGCGGUCAAGGAAAGUGGCUGAGCAGGAGCUUCUGGAUGCAAGCGAGCGUGUGCAGCUCCUCCAUACCCAGAACACCAGCUUGAUCAACACCAAGAAGAAGCUGGAAACAGACAUUGCCCAAAUUCAGAGUGAAAUGGAAGAUACCAUCCAGGAAGCCCGCAAUGCUGAAGAGAAGGCCAAGAAGGCCAUCACGGAUGCGGCCAUGAUGGCAGAAGAGCUGAAGAAGGAACAGGACACCAGUGCCCAUCUGGAAAGGAUGAAGAAGAACCUGGACCAGACAGUGAAAGACCUGCAGCACCGUCUGGAUGAGGCUGAGCAGCUGGCACUGAAGGGAGGCAAGAAGCAAAUCCAGAAGCUGGAGGCCAGGGUGCGGGAGCUGGAAGGGGAGGUAGAUGCUGAGCAGAAGCGCAGUGCUGAAGCCGUGAAGGGUGUGCGCAAGUACGAGAGGAGGGUGAAGGAGCUGACCUACCAGUCUGAGGAAGACCGGAAGAACAUCCUCAGGCUCCAGGAUCUGGUGGACAAGCUGCAGAUGAAGGUGAAAUCCUACAAGAGACAAUCUGAGGAGGCUGAGGAGCUGUCCAAUGUCAACCUCUCCAAAUUCCGCAAGAUCCAGCAUGAGCUGGAGGAAGCUGAGGAGCGGGCCGACAUUGCAGAGUCGCAGGUCAACAAACUACGAGCAAAGAGCCGGGAGUUUCAUAGGAGGAUAGAAGAGGAAGAAUGA